AUGGCGGCGCCGAUCUACCUAAUCGGGCCACCGCCUUUCCCCUCAGACUCAACAUCACCGAAACCACCAUUCCUCGCGAUUAGAAGAUUUGUUGCAGUUAUGUAUGCCCAGCGUCCUCUGGCCUAUGCCCCUACUCCGUACAGUUAUACACCAAAUCCAGCGUUAUCGGCGUCCAUCAAUCUCGAUGAGGAAGUCAAAUUAGCAUCUAGCUCCGCGGAGCGCGAUCUUUACGAGUCUUUGGCAGAGAUCUAUAGCAUUAUUGUCACCCUGGAUGGAUUGGAAAAGGCCUACAUUAGAGAUGUGGUAACAGAAGCCGAGUAUACGGAAACGUGCACGCGACUAUUGAAGCAGUACAAGUCCAGUCUAGGUGAUGAUGCCGUCGCGAAGGAGUUCGCCGAUUUGGAGACCUUCAAACGGACAUGGAGUCUGGAAUGCCCCCGUGCCACGGAACGCCUUCGUAUUGGUCUCCCUGCGACAGUCGAACAAGCCUCCCACAGUACACCUGCGGCGAAUCUGGGCUCUGCUGCUGCAGGGUCUGCUGGCGGUGCUUCAGGCAGUCUUAUAUUGACAGCCACGGAGAACUUUAUUACAUUUUUGGAUGCGCUGAAAUUGAAUAUGGUCUCUAAGGAUGCUCUACACCCAUUGCUCUCCGAAGUCAUCCAGUCGGUCAACAAGGUGACGGAUGGGGAAUUCGAGAACCGGGGUAAGAUCAUCCAGUGGCUGAUCGCAUUGAAUCAGAUGCGUGCGACUGAAGAGCUGAGCGAAGAACAAGCCAGGGAGCUGGCUUUUGACAUCGAGCAAGCAUACCAAGGCUUCAAGUCUACGUUAGGGUGA